AUGGGCAAUUUCAUCAGUUGGCUCACGGAGAAUUCUCCUGGCAAAGAUGACAGCAUUGGCGAGGCCAGAGCAACCCAGCCUCAGUCGCUGUCUGGCAUGAUCAGCACACUGGUCCCUGUCUUGGUAAUCAGUAGUAUUUACCUUGUGAUCUUCCUCAUUUUCAGAGUAUCGCAAAGGCGAUUCUAUGCCCCGCGUACAUAUCUAGGCUCCCUGCGCGAGAAUGAACGGAGCCCUGAGCUCCCUAGGGGAGUGUUGAACUGGUUUGCCGCAUUUUGGAAGAUUCCCGAUGCGUAUGCUCUCAAACACCAGAGUCUCGAUGCCUAUCUGUUCCUGCGCUUCCUCCGAAUCUGCUGCACGAUAACAUUUGUUUCGCUCUGCAUCACCUGGCCAAUCCUCUUCCCUGUCAAUGCCACAGGUGGCAACAACCUGAGCCAGCUCGAGGUCAUUAGUUACAGCAACAUCAACCUUGAUACGCAGAAGAACCGAUUCUAUGCGCACACCUUCGUGGCAUGGCUCGUUUACGGUUUCCUCAUGUAUACCAUCACGCGCGAGUGCAUCUUCUACAUCAACAUCCGUCAGGCCUACCUCCUUACGCCUCAGUCGGCUCGGCGCAUUUCUUCGCGUACCGUCCUGUUCACGGCCGUCUCUGACGAUUUCCUCGACGAAGCUCGCAUCCGCCAGAUCUUCAGCAAUGAUGCUGUCAAGAAUGUUUGGAUUCACGGAGAGACCAAGGAGCUCGAUAAGCUGGUCGAGGAGCGUGAUAAGGCGGCCCUGACCCUCGAAAAGGGCGAGAUCAAGCUGCUCAAGGCUGUCAACAAGGAACGAGUCAAGUCUGGCAAGAAAUCGCAACCUGCAGGUGAACCUGCUCUGGAUAGUGAGACUGGCAACAUUGCGUCUCGCUGGAUCACUGAUAAGAAGCGACCCAGUCACCGUCUUGGCUUCUUGGGUCUUGUUGGAAAGAAGGUUGACACGAUCGAGUGGGGAAGGGCCGAGCUCCAGAAGCUGGUUCCUCAGACCGAGGCUGCCCAAGCUGAGUAUCGUGCCGGAAACUAUAAGAAGGUCCGCGCUGUCUUUGUCGAAUUCUACCACCAGUCCGAUGCCCAGGCCGCAUUCCAGGUCGUCACGCACCACCAUGCUCUUCACAUGGCCCCUCGUUAUAUUGGCGUGCGGCCCGAGGAAAUUGUCUGGAGCAACUUGGCUAUUCCUUGGUGGCAGAAAAUCAUUCGCCGUUAUGUCGCCAUCUUCGGUGUCGCCGUUCUUAUUAUCUUCUGGGCCAUCCCUGUUGGUGUUGUCGGUAUCAUUGCUCAGGUCAACACUCUCAAGACACUGCCCGGCCUCACUUGGAUUGCGAAAAUCCCCGACAUUAUUCUCGGUGUCGUUUCUGGUCUCCUCCCGUCUGUGGCACUGUCCAUCUUGAUGAGCUUGGUUCCUGUCUUCAUGCGACUGUUUGCUAGACUCUCUGGUGAAGUCACUCUUUCCAGGGUUGAGUUGUAUACUCAGAAUGCCUACUUCGCUUUCCAGCUUAUCCAGGUCUUCCUUAUCCGCACACUGACCGACACAGCCUCGACUGCUGUCGUGCAGAUUGCCAACGACCCAUCAUCGGUCUUCAGCAUUCUUUCUUCAGCUCUCCCUACCUCUUCCAACUUCUACAUUUCCUACUUCAUCGUGCAGGGAUUGACAAUCGCCAUCAGCGUCCUCACCCAGGUUGUUGGCUGCGUCAUCUUCAAUAUUCUGUACCGAUUCCUUACUGGCACACCCCGAGCCAUGUAUAACAAGUGGACAAGCCUGAGUGCCAUCAUGUGGGGAAGCGUCCUUCCCGUGUACACUGCCAUCGCUGUCAUUAGUAUCACGUACGCCGUGAUUGCCCCCAUCAUGCUUUUCUGGGCUACUAUCGGACUGGGUCUUUUCUACCUGGCCUAUCGUUACAACGUCCUCUUCGUGACCGACACCGCUGUUGACACCCGAGGUCUCUUCUACCCUCGCGCUUUGAAGCAGCUCUUUGCAGGUAUCUAUCUUGCUGAGAUCUGCAUGGUGGGCAUGUUCGCCGUCUCCAAGGCUGCUGGGCCUGCUGCUCUCAUGGCAGUCUUCUUGGUCUUCACAAUUCUGUUCCAAUUCACCAUGCUCCGCGCUCUGGAUCCCCUGCUGUACAACCUGCCCCGCACUCUCCAGGUUGAGGAGGAGCUGAUCCAGGCGCGACUCUCUGACGCUGAGCGGCAAGACAAGGUCGUGUCUGACACCAACGGUCACGGCCAGACCAAGGCAUCUGGAUCUGGUUCUUCUCCCCGCGUCGAAGAGGUGGCUCCUAAGAAGGGUAAUUUCCUUCAGAAAUGGCUCAAGCCCUGGAUCUACUCCGAUUACGAAACACUUCGCAAGAUGGUUCCUCAGGAUGACUCCCUUGGUUCUCACGAGUACAGUGACGAGAUCUCAGCUACAGCUUACCUCCCACCCUCAGUCACCAAGACUGCGCCAGUCCUUUGGAUUCCCGAGGAUCCUGCCGGUGUGUCCAAGCAAGAAAUUGCCCUGACAAGCAAGGUUAUCGCCAUCUCCGACGAGGGCUGCACUCUGAGCGACAAGAACAAGCUGGAGUGGGACGUUGAGGGUGCCCGCCCGCCCAUCUGGAAUGAGAAGAUUUACUAUUAA